CAACACUUCCGGCGAAGAGACGCUUCAACCUGCUAAUCAAGUUAUUCGAUGAAAAUGGCAUUUUCUAGUUCUGUAUGGAUUGUCUUCAUUGUGACAUGCAUGUCAGGUGUCUCGCACGGUGCCAAAGAGAUAUCUGUGCCAAAGGACAUUCCUAAAGACAUUUACUGUAUAGGGUGUGAAUACACAGUGAAAGCUUUGGACAAUCUGUUGAAAGUCCGAUCAGAAUCUGACACACUGGACAUUCAAGUGGCCGAAGCCAUUGAGGCUGUUUGUGACAAGAAUCACUUCAGUGGGGCGGAAGUUUCUGCCGACAGUCUGUUGAAGGCCUGCAAAUUUUUAACUGAUACGCAUCAAGACAUCCUGGAGCCUCUCCUGGUCGGCCACUACAGCCGCACCUACAUGGCGACCUACCUCGACCUGUCGCAGCAAGUGUGCAUCGACCUCUCCAUGGCAUGCGUUGACGUUGCCGGCAAAAAAAGAUUUCCCAAACAUCUGGAGUCGGAUUUGGAAUUUGAUCCGGAGAUGCAGAGCUUCAAGGUGAAACCAGGACGCAAUCUACGUAUACCUGAGCCUGUUGAAGCUGGCCGUGAGGACCUGUAACCUGUCUCCCUCCAUCAGCUGGCGUCUCAGUGAUGCAUUCUCAGUGUUCGGAAUUAAGCUUGGGAGUCAAUGGGUUCUUUCCAUAGCCUUAAAGUUAACGGGGGAUGAUUUGAAGGUACCUCGAUUCAAAUACUACAGCAGCAAACCUCAGGAGCCCUGGACCACGCUUAAUUUCCAACACUACAUUCUUAUGGUUGUUAGAGAAUUUAUUAAUUUUUACCUGGAUGAGGAAAUGUUAAUAUAUUGAUCUGAUUAAUUCUGAGGUGAGGAUUUCAGCGUUAAUCAGACUUUUUAUAAACAGUUGUUUGUAUCGAUAUUUUCUUGUAGAACCUGGAUGAAUACAUGACUAUUUUUACACCAUGUAUAUAGACAAGCCAUUGAAACAUUUUGAAACAUGAAGUGUCUGUACUUAGACUUGUAUACAUGAUUGUAUGUUAUAAUAAAACAAAUCAUUAUGUCAGUUUAGCCCAAACAAAAAGAGAAAGAAGUCUGUUUUUACCUAUAUAUUGUUUUGUCGAGUUUAAGUCAUGGUGAACAAGUCCUUUCAACAGUAUUGUGUACAAUCAACCUUUCCUUUUUUUCAAAGGACAUGAGCUGUUUAAAUGCUCCAUCGCCUUAAUGUAUUUGACUGACAAUGUAUUAGCUGCCUUCAGUUCUUCAGGGUAAUGUAUCACCAUGUUGUCCACAUCUGGAAUCUGUUUGCAGUGUGAACAGGACUUUUCAGUUAACUGUUAUUGUUUGUAUUAUAAUACUCAACUUUAGAUAAGGAUUCUGAGACAUGCUAUUUAACAAUCUCAUUAAAAUCAGAUUUUAGUUUUCGCUACUGCUAAACAAAGAUCUGAGGACAUCCCAUUACGAGUCACGUCAGACCCACCAAUGAAAUGACUGACAAGAAAUCGACAUUAGCCAAUCAGAAGGCAGCUUUCUCUAGCUUUAUGACACUAGUUUCAAACUGGCAACUACGCUUCGAAACAUAUUUUGACGUAUUCUCGAUUAAAACAAUUAAAACUGAUAAGAACACUCUGGAAUGGUUUACAGGUGGCCUAGAUUGUAUGGGUAUAAUCAUAGAACCUGUAACUGUUGUUCAGAAUACCCUCUGUUAAAUAUUUCAUGGUUGCAUGGUUAGAAAACACAUUCCGACUGUCACUUUCAUGAUCUGGUAAGCAACGCUAUGAUUGGUUGGAUGAAAGGUCGUUCUGACGUGACCCUUAAUGGGAUGUCUUCAGAUCUUUGUUUAGCGAUAGCGAGAACAAAGAUCUGAUUUUAAUGAGAUUGUGCUAUUUAAUUGUACAUAAGUCAUCAGUUUGAUGUGUCAUGGGGUACCCAGGUGUAUGCUGCCAGGGGAUUAGGAAGCAGUGUCAGUUUCUUAUGUGUCAGCCCAUCCUCAAUUGUCCAGUGUGUCUCCAUUCCACGUCGAUAAACACUCUGGACUCAGUGAACACCAUAGCUUCGUUUCAGAAGUGACACCACCAUUUUGAUGCUCUUGUCGCUAACUUUGCAGAGAAUUUCUCUCACAUAUGAGCUUGAAAUGAAUAACCAAUCACAACGCCUCUUCUCAAAAUUCCAAUAUUUUGGCUUGUGAAAGGUUUUCCUAAAGGAGUAGCUCAUGCUUUAAGGUUCCUGGUGGAAUACGAGACACGGGGAGUCCGGGUGAUUUGGCAGCUUGUGUCAACCAAGAAAGGACAGUGCAAUAAUUCCAGAUCUGUUUUUCAUGUUGUCAUUUGACCCAGACUCUCAAAUACGCUGUGGUGGUGAAUUGGUCCAGGAUAUUUAUCGUUAUAGAACUGAUGUAUAAGGCACUUGAUAAUCAGGGAUGGUGUCAACUUAUGUGUUUCACUUAAUGACUUUGGCAUAGAGUACACAAUAUCAGCACCCCGGACCUGCCACUGGUGGUAUUACAGUGUGUUGCAACCUUGAGGAGAGAAUCUUGGCCAUUGCUUCCAAAUACUAUCUCAUCGAAAACAAUACAAGUACUAAGUUUAGACAUAAAAGAGUGGUAGAUGUGAAAUAUUGGUGCCAAGCAUACACUACCUUGCCAAAUAAUCAUUCAUAAUCUUUAAGAUACACACAAAAUGCCAUGUCAAACGCCUGUGCUUCUGGUUUUUCUGUUCACUUAAUGUCCAUCUAAGAUAGAAAAACUUGGUGCUUGAGAUGAUAUCUUUUUGUCAGUAUCUUAACCUGUAUUAAUGUCCACCAUAAAUACUCACAAUGUAACAGGACAUUUAUUCCUGGACAUCAAUUUGUUAUGCUUUGGUGUUAGCAUGAUACUCUGUUGUUUCUAUGCAGCAACCAUUACAAGCUGUAACCAUGGCAAUCUCACUAUAUCUGUAUAUAUACACCAAACAUAUAACAGCUGUAACCAUCAUAAUCUCACUAUAGCUGUAUAUAUAAGGCUUUACAGCGUACCUGUAACCAUGGCAAUCUCACUAUCUGUAUAUAUACAGCAAACAUAUAACAGCUGUAACCAUCAUAAUCUCACUAUAGCUGUAUAUAUACGGCUUUCCAGCGUACCUGUAACCAUGGCAAUCUCAAUAUAUCUGUGUACACUCGGCAUUCAACACAACUGUAACCACGGCAAUCUCACGUUAUUUGUAUAUAUACAGCAGCCAUUAACAAGCUGUAACCAUCGUAAUCUCACUAUAGCUGUAUAUAGAAGGCUUUUAAGCCAAUCUCAUUCAAAUCAGAUCUUAGUUUUCGGUACCGCUAAAUAAAGAUCGGAGCACAUCCCAUAACAGGUCAUAUCAGAACGACCUUUUGCGAACUUUGACCGACCAAUGAAAUGACUAACAAGCAAUCGACAUUAGCCAAUCAGGAGGCAGCUUUCUCGAGCUUUGCGACACAAGUUUCAAACUGGUGACUACGCUUCAAAAC